UUUUCAUAUUCACCUUUUUGGAUAAUUAAAGCCGUUAACUUUUAGUUUUGCUUUAAUCAGUUUUCUACUUUUCAUCACUCCUGACAUUUGAACUCAACAAACAGGGGGAAAAAAAAAGGAUCCGUUUUCACAUUCGGAUAAUGGGCUCGGAUACGGGUUCGUCGCCGUCAUCUGCUCCGGCGAUCGCAUCAUCAGCCACGUCAUCACCGAGUGGUAAUAAUAAGAGAAAUAGAGACCCAGAAGAUGAAGUUUAUGUGGAUAAUCUCCACUCUCACAAACGUUAUCUUAGUGAGAUAAUGGCGUCGAGUUUAAAUGGAUUGACAGUGGGAGACAAUCUACCAGAUAAUAUAGUGGAUUCUCCGUCAAGAUCCGAAAACACGCUCUAUAUCAGGGACGAGAUGUCCUUUCAAUAUUCCCCAAUGUCAGAAGAUUCAGAUGACUCGAGAUGCUAUGAACCUUUGACAAAUACUAGCUCCCCCCAACCUGAGAGCACACCUACUAGUCCAGUCUCGCCCUACCGAUAUCACAGACCAUUGAAUGGGUUCUCAUCAGGCCCUCCCUCCACAUCAUACCCGUCACAUUCCUGCAACUUCCCUGCUGCCACAUCCUCACAGCCUCGUCAACGAGGCUCUGAUUCUGAGGGUCGAUUUCCAUCAUCACCCAGUGACAUAUGCCACUCUGCUGACUUAAGGAGAGCUGCACUUCUGCGGUCCGUGCAAAUGAGGACUCAACCUCCUGGACCAUCAUCAUUUGAAUUGCAUUUUACUCCAGGGCAGGAGCCUAGUCAUAUGGAGACCGAGGACCGGCCUUGUUCUUACAUGAAGUCUUUAGUUGAUGAGAGGGAAUAUAAGAUUGAACAAUGCUCCGCAAUGAGUGAAUCAGCACCUGAAAAUGGGGAUGAUCCCUGUAGAAUUUUGAAUAUGGGACCGAAAGGAGAUGAACCUGUAGAUUAAACACAAUGUGUCCCUGACCUUAAUGAGAACUUCAAGUAAGGUGGUUGUGUACAACUAGAACUAUCAGUGAAUGGCUUGUACCCCUUAUGCUCAAAGUUAACAACUUUCAGAAAACAGUCCUGUUCCAUGACCCUCUGUUAACACAGUUCCCUUUCUUUAUCA